GAUCCUCUGGCUGCAGAUGAAGAUGAUUAAUUAUCAGAUUAAAGUCAUGAGUUAUAGAAAGUCUGUGAUAAAGGCCGUCGGUUAGAAGAUGAUGAAACAACUGAAAACUAAAAUAAAACAGAAAUGAAACAGGUGUUGUUCCGGUUCCUGCCAGCUGGUGGCGCAGUUUGUUGACAGCAGCUCAGUAUCCGUAUGGGAGCUGUCAGGGCGAUGUCACCGCUCAGAUCCUUAAUAUCCUGCUGCAUUUAAACAUCUGGACCAACAUCUGGGCGGAACCUUCCCUGUAAACUGAGAAACAUGGAGGCCCAGCUGACCCCGCCCUCCAUCCUGAGAGAGUUCUGCCCGCUUUACUACCUGCUGAAUGCCAUCCCAGCCAAGGUGCAGCGUGGGUUCAGGUCUGUCCUGGUCUACCUGACGGCUCUGGACAGCAGCAGUGACUUCCUGGCGGUGGGCAGCAGCAUCGGCAUGCUCUACCUGUACUGUCGCCGCCUCGCACACAUGAACAAGUACAGCCUGGAGGGGAAGAGUGAUGCGAUCACAGCUGUAAAGCUGCUCAGCUGUUUUGAUGACCUGGUUGCCGUGGGAACAGCAUCUGGUCGAGUAGCCAUCUUCCAGCUGGUGUCCCCGCUCCCUGGUCGGAACAAACAGUUGAGGCGUUUCGAUGUGGUUGGCCUCCAUAAAGGCUCCGUAACGUCUUUGGCGUGGAGUGCCAACGGGAUGAAGCUUUUCUCUGGAGAUGAUAAAGGACGAGUUGUGUUCUCGUCUCUGGACCUGGACCAGGGGGUGUGUAAACCUGUGCUGCUGUUGGAGGAGUCUUCAGGUGUGGUUCAGAUGGAGUACAGCCACCAGGUGCUGCUGGUCUCUACACAUCAGAGAUCUCUGCUUUACUGCACACAGAAACAGGAAGUCCAGCAGCUGGGUUCAAAGCCCCGCAAGAGCAGCGGCAGGUUCGGAGCCUGCUUCCUGCCGGGUCUCUGUAAACAGAGCGAUCUUCAGGUGUUUGCUGCUCGACCUGGACUCAGACUGUGGAGGUCCGACAUCAGAGGACAGGUGGAAGACACCAGACUGCUGAAGCCACUCUUCACCACACAGAUUCCUCAGUUUGAGUUGUUCCCUCGUUCUGAUCCAAUCGGAGCUUACCGUCCGGCAGACAGACAGCUCGGUCUGCUCAGCUGUUUCCUCAGAGAGGGCUGGAUCCUCAGCUGGAACGAGUACAGCAUCUACGUCCUGGACUGUCUCAACGAGGUGAUAAUCGGAGCCUUGGAGAGCAGUGGAGAUAUUGUUUCAGUGUCCUGUUGUGACAACGAGAUCUUCAUCCUGAAAGGAGACAGAGACAUCAUCCGUCUCUCUAACAGCCCAGAGGGACUGGCCUCCAACUUGUCCGAGCUCUCUGUCCGCCUGUCCUCUCCUUUGGCCACACCCACCGUCCUCCCACCGAUGGGAUCAGUGGAAACAGCUCAGCCAAUCAGAACUAUGGCUAUCAUCGUAGAGGCGGGCGGGAGGGAAGAGGGAGGAGGAGGAGGAGGAGGAUGGGAGAGGCACAGCGAGGAGGGAGAGAAAGAGGACGAGGAGGAAGGAGUGGAGGAAGUGGAGGAGGCAGAGGAGCAGCUGGAGCAGGCGGAGCAGCUCGGCCAGCGGUCCGGUUUGUUCACCACCAGCUCUCGGAGCCGCAGCAGCUCUGUCACUUCCUGGGACAGUCUCCAUGGAAACGCCCCGGUGACCACAUCCUGCGAGCUGAGCUGCAGGCGCUACAGCGCCCCCCUGGGUCAGGGGGAGAUGCUGCAGGAGCUGGUGGUGAAAGCCAUCAGAGUGAAGAAGAAGAAGAGGAGACGACAAGACAGCAGCAGUGGGAACCGUCUCUCUGAGAGCAGCUGUUCAGACUCCAUGUUUGUAGUCCAGGACAGCAGCUGUAGUGACGGAGGAAGCGGGACUCCUCUGAGUGACCAAGCCUCCCUUAUCGGUCUGGACCUUCAGAACCAGGACUCCCCAGAACCAAACCAUGACCAGGACUCACAGGAGAGUCAGGGUAUAAAGGAUGGAGAGGAGUCGUCCCCCAUCGAGUCUGGCUCCCUCCUGCCUCCAGGUUCCCUGCUCCUCCAGGGUCUGGAAGCCUCUGGUCCUGGGGCAGAGGCAGAGGUUGUCCCACCGACUCCAGAUGUGGAUCUGCUGUUGGAGUGCACCUUUUCCUACAUGCACAACGCUGAGGAGGAGGACGGACAGGAGCAGCAGCCAAUGGAGGAGCAGGAAGACGAGUUUCUGAGCCCUCUGAUUGGACCGGAGGAGGAGGAUGAGGACCUGGCGCCCCCUGCUGGUCUGGUGGACCAAAUGUUUUAUUCUACGGUGUCUUGUCUGGACAGAAAACCCAGUAUGUCCAGUGAUGAAGAAGGAGACAUCUACUGUCACACUGUGCCCCCUGCUGGCAGCGGGGGGGAGGUCCUCAACUGUCCGUCCACUCAGACGGAGAACACAGCAGACAGAAAGUUGGACCAGGAUGCUCAGGACAGAGACACACCGAAAGCUGACCAGUUGGCAGAGAGCUGGAUGGGCUACUCAGGACCGGGAUGUGGAAUACUGAGCCUGCAGGUGACUGACAGGUAUGUGUGGUGUCUGGACUUUAAAGGAGGACUGUUCUGCAGCCCUCUGCCUGAAACUGGACUCACCUGGCAGCGUUUUGAAGACAACGUCCACCAGGUGGCGUUAUCACCUUCAGGUAAUCUGGUGUGGAAGGUGGAGCAGAAGAGCAUGACGGCGUUUGCUUGUGCUAAAGUAUCAGUUAAAGGAAAACGUCACUGGUACAAAGCUGUGGAGCAAACGGGGUUCGUGGCUCUGAGUGACGACUCCGCCUGGAUCAUCAGGACCAACGGAGACCUCUACCUGCAGACAGGUCUGAGCGUGGACCGGCCCUGCGCCCGCUCUGUGAAGGUGGACUCGCCCUGCGUCUUCAGCCAGGUGUGUGUGAGAGGAGGCGUGGUCUGGGCCCUGAGCGAGCACAAGGCCCUGUUCUACAGAGAGGGCCUGAACAGCUACUGCAGCGAGGGCGAGGGCUGGAAGUACGACACCGUCAGGUACUACUGCUACUGUAGUACUACUGUAGUACUGCGGCGAGGGCUGGAAGUACGACACCGUCAGGUACUACUGCUACUGUAGUACUACUGUAGUACUGCGGCGAGGGCUGGAAGUACGACACCGUCAGGUACUACUGCUACUGUAGUACUACUGUAGUACUGCGGCGAGGGCUGGAAGUACGACACCGUCAGGUACUACUGCUACUGUAGUACUACUGUAGUACUGCGGCGAGGGCUGGAAGUACGACACCGUCAGGUACUACUGCUACUGUAGUACUACUGUAGUACUGCGGCGAGGGCUGGAAGUACGACACCGUCAGGUACUACUGCUACUGUAGUACUACUGUAGUACUGCGGCGAGGGCUGGAAGUACGACACCGUCAGGUACUACUGCUACUGUAGUACUACUGUAGUACUGCGGCGAGGGCUGGAAGUACGACACCGUCAGGUACUACUGCUACUGUAGUACUACUGUAGUACUGCGGCGAGGGCUGGAAGUACGACACCGUCAGGUACUACUGCUACUGUAGUACUACUGUAGUACUGCGGCGAGGGCUGGAAGUACGACACCGUCAGGUACUACUGCUACUGUAGUACUACUGUAGUACUGCGGCGAGGGCUGGAAGUACGACACCGUCAGGUACUACUGCUACUGUAGUACUACUGUAGUACUGCGGCGAGGGCUGGAAGUACGACACCGUCAGGUACUACUGCUACUGUAGUACUACAGUAGUACUACUGUAGUACUACUGUAGUAGUAUUACGGCAGAUGGGACUUCAGUCUGGAUGUCAGAUCAGAGUCCAUGUGACUCUGCUGAAGCUGAAGCUGAUGGUUUAUUCACU